AUGGAAGCCUAUCUCUCCCAUUCUAUCCUCGAAGAGCUCGUUCGCUUUGGUGAAAACGGCUCCACCCACGCAGACUCCGUGAAAGAAAGGGCUUCCGUGGUCCUCAACUACCACUUUCCGGUGGCUCAUAGCUACUCGGUUGCAUCAGAACGAGACCGAAACAACCACGUUGGCGACUCCAUCAUCCUUCGUAUCCGACGUUGGUCCCCUGGAGCUCGAAGUGUCAUUGAUCAUACAUAUGCCGAAGCGAAAGGCCUAGACUACGAAUUAGAGAUGUCGUUAGAGCAACUUGAGAAUGUCCUUGAGCAUUCCUAA